AACCACCCAACUCUCUAAGGUGGUUGAAGAGAGGAGCAAGAGGUCUAUUACUCUACCCGCAACAACAUCAACCCACAACAACGUUGAUGAUGAAGAUGAUGACAGCGACGACACCGACCUCGGACUCUUCGUCUGAAAAUUCAAGGAAAUGAUGCUCAAGAAGGGAGCCAAGAAGAACACUCCACCCAAGUGCUAUGGGUGUGGUGAAAUUGGACACAUCAAACCAAUGUGUCCUAAGCUCAAGAACGAGAAGGACAAGAGGGCACCGAAGAAGCAACGUGCCUACAUUUCUUGGGAGAACGACGGCUCCGGGAGUGAAGACUCGGAAACGGAGGAAGUGGCCAACUUAUGUCUCAUGGCCAUUGAAGAUGGGGAAACAUCAAAAGAGAACCUCCAUAACAGAGAAUACCAUGGCCACAAGAAGAAGGUUCAUUCUGUAGCCUGGAAUUGCAUCGACACUAAACUAGCUUCAGGAUCAGUUGAUCAAACUGCUCGUAUUUGGCAUAUUAAUCCCCAUGGUCAUACAGCAGCCCUUGAAGAAGCUUUACUCAACUGGUUGGCCAACUACUCGCCGACAAAGGGCGCGACAUCAGGUGGCAAAUGUUCUCAACAAGUUGAAUUAAGUGGGGAAAAUAUAAAUAUCACUUAUAAACCUGAUGGUACACAUAUAGCUGUUGGCAACAGGGAAGAUGAACUUACAAUAUUGGAUGUCCGCAAAUUCAAAGCUAUACACAAGCACAAGUUCAACUAUGAGGCGAACGCCUCUUGCCCAGAAGUCAGGCAUGCAAGGCAAACACCUGGAAGCCUCAAUUUGAACUUCACCCACCUUGCGUCUCUCCAAGCAGUAGACCUUCACCUCAUCGCCUGUGGUGUUUUAGGCGAGAAGAGAGGGCCUGUUAGGACAAUAAGUUUCAACCAUACAGGAGAAUUGCUCGCCUCUGCUAGUUUAGAUUUAUUCAUUGAGAUAUCAAGUGUCGAGACAGGACGUCCAGUUCACCAGAUUCUGUGUCGUGAUGCAAUGAACAGUGUGGAGUGGAACCCAAAGUUGAACUUGCUCGCCCAUGCUGGGGAUGAUAAAAACAAGUAUCAAGCAGAUGAAGGCGUUUUCCGCAUCUUUGGCUUUGGUGUUUUCCGAAUGUGUCUUUCCAGUUCCAUCAUAAUUUGUAAUCUGAGCUACACAAAUAAUUUGGACACAGCACAAACGUGCAAGUAAUAAGUUUAGAAUUCAAACACUCGUGCAGUCAUGAUGCAAUUUUGAAUGGUUGAACACAAGCAGUGUGCCACAAUGUGCUAGAAAAAUUAUGAUUUGCUUUCUCUCAUAUGCUACUGCUACUGGCGGGGACUCCAAAAAAUUCGUCACAAUAGAUGGCUUUUCUUGUUUCGGAAAUAAUUAGCUAACCUGAAGAAUUUCCAUGGAAGGAAAUACGUUUCUUGUUGCUUCUAAUAAUAGGAAACCCAUAUG